AUGGAUUCGGCCCUCGAAUCCCUGCAGAAUACCGAUCUAGCGGAGGAAAUUGAAGCCAUCAAUGCCAUCUACGAACCGGACACCCUUACCAUCACUAACACCUCUGCCUCGACCGGCCCCUCAACUCUCGACCUCGGCGGCUCCGGCUCUUCAGACUCUUCUCCUCCCUCAACAACAAUAAAGCUCCAACUCCCAGAACACCCUCACUUGUCCUUCCUCCUCGGAUUCAACUCAACAUAUCCCGACACCCCGCCCAAAAUCCUAGGAACAGCAUCCACAGCCUCACGAGGAGAGGGCAAGCUCGCCGUCGAUGUACUAGAGGACAUUCUCAGCCGCACAUACCAACCGGGCGCGGUAUGUCUAUUUGACCUGAUCAAUGAAGCCGUCCAGGCAUUCACGGAGCUCAAUAUCGGCGGCAGCGCUACAACAACCACCACUAACAACAAUGACACGACUUCCCACACCCAACCUGCAUCCGAAGAACUCAACACCGAAAACGACAGCCAUCAACCGCUAACCACAAGAUCCACAACCCCCGACCAUCACACAUUCAACCUCACUAGCCCACCGCCAUGGAUCCUUUCCGAAGUCAUCACGGAAAAGAAAUCCGUCUUCGUCGGGCGCGCAGCCCACGUCACGAGUCUGGACCAGGCAAAGGCGUUCCUGGAUCAUCUGCUCGCGACGGAGAAAAAGGUCGCGUCCGCGACGCAUAAUAUCAGUGCAUGGAGGAUUCGCGAGGUGAAAUCAUCUACUUCUACUGCUGGCGGUAGUAAGAAUGGAGAAGCUACAGAGAUGAUUGUGCAGGAUUGUGAUGAUGAUGGGGAGACGGCUGCUGGAGGUCGACUACUGCAUUUGAUGCAGUUGAUGGAUGUUUGGGAUGUGGUGGUUGUGGUGACGAGAUGGUAUGGCGGUGUGUUGCUGGGGCCGGAUCGGUUUCGCAUUAUCAAUGCGGCGGGGAGGGAUGCGCUGGUCAAGGGGGGUUUUGUUAAAGAGAAGACGUCUGGGGAGAAGGGGAAGAAGAAGGGAAAGAAAUGA